AUGGCUUCAUACCUCACCGGCAGCGAGGCCUAUACUCGCGAGAAUGAUACCUCUGCCCACGCCAAUGCGGCCCAGCAAUCGCCAUGGGCCAACAAGUACCGUGGGGCCACAGUCGAAGACCUCGACCCCCCUCCCGCGCUCUCCGUUUCUCCCAAUGGCCCCAUCUCUGCCGCUCUCAUGGCCGCCUACGAACGCGACUACACCCACCUCACUGUUAUCUCCGCCUCCUCGCGAUCUCUCCUCGGCUACCUGAGCAUCCCCCGCUUAAAGGAGCUCAUCCAAAACGGCACCGUCAAGGAGUCGGAUCCCGUCUCUGCCUCUAUGCAGCGUUUCAACCGUAAGCGCGGUAUCUACCAGGUCAUCACCAUGGAUACACCCCUAGAGGAAUUGGAGAAGUUUUUCGAGAGCCAGACCGGUGCCAACGGCGAUGAGCGUGAAAAGCACCAAUUUGCCGUGGUUACGGACGCUGCGCGGAAAUUCGUGCUUGGUGUUGCUACCAAGGCGGAUUUGGAGGAGUUUGUGAAGCGACGACCUUGA